CCACCCUAUUAAACGAGCGUGCGCGCGCCCGGCAGGCGGUUCCGUCUACCAAACGAACGCACGCGCGCCGGCCGCACGGUUUGCGUCCAGGACUCUGAGAGGAAGCACGUCUUCCUUCUGUGCAGUUCCCGGCACUGCCGCCCUCCCGUCAGCAGGGGACGCUGCACCGCCCGCCGCGAGCAACUCUCCUCCCGAAAGUCUCGCCCCGGCCGGAAGUCAGGUGCCGGCGCGUCCGAGAAGAUGGCGGCAUCCACGAGCGGGGGAGCGUUGGGUCGGGGAGGCACCCGGGGACGCGGGGCCCGCAGGCAGCGCGGACGCGGGCGCGGGCCGGGGGCCCUGAAGCGGCUCAGGCUUGCGGUGGAGGAGUUCCUGCAGGCCACAUCCGAGGGCGAGAGCCCAGGCGGCCGCGCGGGGCCCCGGGAGGAGGGGCGCGGCCGCCCCGGCGCGAGGAGAAGCCGCAGGGAGCUGAGGAAGCAGAAGCGACAGCUGAGGAAGGCGCGCCGGCUGCAGAGGACCGUGGGCUCCGCGCAGGGCCCGGGCCAGGCCGGCGUCGGGACCGCGAGCGGCCCGCGCGCGGAGAGGCAGAGCGGCCGGCCGCCCCCGCGUCGGACCCCGCCGCAGACCGAGGGUCCGCGACCGCCUCACGCCGGGGCCCCGGCCGCCGGCUCCCGCGCCGCCCCGGCCCGGGGUCCCCCCGGAAAAACUGGGGCCGCCGCCGCCGCCCGGAAACGCGCGCUGCUGGCGGCCAACGAGGAGGAGGACCGAGAGAUCCGCAAGCUGGAGCGCUGCCUCGGCCUGAACCGGCGCAGAAGGAAGGGCGGCGGCAGCUCCGUGCCCCUCACCUUUGCCCGCGACGGGCUCGAUUACAUCCUGGGGGCCCUGGAGUCCGGGAGCAGCGGCUUGUGCGACGGCAGCAGCGAGGAGGAGGGCGGCGCCGGGCCGACGCUCCCCGGAGGUGGCUUCGAGCGCGACGGCGGGGACGAGGGAGACGAGCCGGAGGCGGAGGCGGGGAGGGAGGAAGCCGCGGGAGCGGCGCGGGGCGGGAGCGGCAAGACGGUCCGUUUUGCGGCGGAUGAAGACAGUGGAACUGCCUCGGAGGACGUGGACACGGCAGAUCGGCAGAGUCUUUGUGAAAAUGGUGAAAAGUAUAUCCCACCUCAAGUGAGGCAAGCUGAGGAGACGGUGGAUAUUCAGAAAAAGGAGCAACUAGAAAGGCUGAAGAAACAUGUCAAAGGUCUAAUUAACAGGCUGAGUGAACCAAACAUGGCCUCCAUCAGUGGACAGCUAGAGGAGCUGUACAUGGCCCACAGCAGGAAGGACAUGAACGGCGUGCUGACCGACGUCCUCCUGAGUGCCUGUGCGCCGGGCACGGCCAUGCCCAGCAGGUUGGUGAUGGAGCACGUCCUCUUGGUCAGCAUUCUUCACCACACAGUCGGCACUGAGGUUGGAGCUCACUUCCUGGAGGCGGUGGUGAGGAGGUUCGACGGUGUCUAUCGGCUCGGCAGUGAAGGCAGAGAGAGUGAGAACCUGCUCACCAUCGUCGCCCACCUCUACAACUUCCACGUGGUGCAGUCGCUCCUUGUCUUUGACAUUUUGAAAAAACUUGUUGGAACUUUCACAGAAAAAGAUAUUGAACUGAUCCUGUUGACGCUGAAAAACGUGGGCUUUUUGUUGAGGAAAGACGAUGCUUUGUCACUUAAGGAACUGAUUGCUGAGACUCAGGCCAGGGCCAGCGGGGCUGGCAGCAGGUUCCAGGACCAGACCCGGAUUCGGUUUAUGCUGGAGACGAUGCUGGCACUGAAGAACAACGACAUGCGUAAGAUUCCAGGCUAUGACCCUGAGCCUGUGGAGAAGCUGAGGAAAUUGCAAAGAGCUCUGGUGCGCAACGCUGGCUCAGGUACAGAGACCCAGCUCCGUGUCUCGUGGGACGGAGUCCUGCAUGCCGAGCAGACUGGGCGCUGGUGGAUUGUGGGGUCGGCCUGGAGUGGGGCCCCAAUGAUCGACAGCAGUCAGCAGAAGGCCCCACAGAAGCAUCUUGCAGGGCCGGUUAGCACGAAGAUACUAGAACUUGCCCGAAAGCAGAGAAUGAACACCGACAUCCGGAGAAACAUAUUUUGUACAAUAAUGACUAGUGAAGAUUUUCUGGACGCAUUUGAAAAGCUUCUGAAGCUUGGCCUAAAGGAUCAGCAGGAGAGAGAAAUAGUUCAUGUUCUUGUGGACUGCUGUCUUCAAGAGAAAACAUACAACCCUUUCUAUGCAUUCCUGGCUGGCAAGUUUUGUGACUAUGAAAGGAGGUUUCAGAUGACUUUCCAAUUCAGCAUAUGGGACAAAUUUCGGGACUUAGAAAAUUUGCCGGCCACUACCUUCUCUAACUUGGUUCAUCUGGUGGCCCACUUGUUGAAGACAAAGUCGCUUCCGCUGUCCAUUUUAAAGGUGGUUGAAUUCAGUGAGUUGGACAAGCCCAGAGUCCACUUCCUACGAGAAGUGUUAUAUAUACUGUUAAUGGAGACAGAAGUUGAAGACCUUGGUUUAAUUUUUGCAAGGAGACUAGGUUGUGUCUCCCUGUUGGAGGUUCCAAGAACAGGCCUGGGAGAGGCCAGCUCAUCGCCGGUAAUGCUUUGUACGAUUCUUCCCAGAGUGUCCGACAACCCAAAGCUGGGCAUGUUGCGGGAAGGUCUGAAGCUUUUCAUCAGCCACUUCUUGGUAAAGGGCGUGCAGGCCCACCGGGGUGCCGAGGAAGCCGGCGUGCUGAGAGAGCGAGCCGACCUCACCACCAAGGCCCUGCAGGGCAAGGCCGCCCUGAGAAUGUAGUCUGGAGACGGAGAGAAGGGGUGGCCCUCACCUGUACCAUGUCCUCUCUAAACCCCAAGGGCUCAUCUGUUGACCACACAACUUGGUGGAGCUAGACCAGUCUGUUGUAUUUAAAAUAUUAAGAUAAUUUUUUUAUCCAA